AUGACCCCGGCCUUCAUGGGAUGUCCCACAACCUGCAGAUUAAUGAGAAGGAACAGAGAGCGGCCGGCACGCAGAGAGCUGGAGGACAUGGACACAAGGCUGACUGGUCACCUUGAUGGUUGUGAACACAAAAGCGAGGACGAAUCCCUGAUGGUCGCUGACUUUGAAAAUACAGCUAAGAAAACUUUUAAUUAUUGA